UAAUACUUUAAAAAGCAAGUUUUUCGAAAAAAAUAGAAAUGACCAAUGACAGUUUUGACGACGAUAUAUACGGAGGGUUUUCCGGUGUUACGAAUAAGUUGUUCAACUACGAUAUCAAAGAAGACAAGGCAUUCCAGAACGCAGUUAAAACUUCCAGCUAUGGAAAGAAAACCGCAACUCCCAAGUACUAUUGGAACGGGGAUAAAACAGGCUCGGCGGAAGCAAUGACAACGAUGGCUCGUCCUUCGACCGCGAUCCGCCCAGUUGGUUAUUCUUCGCAGAACAGUAAACUGUUCGACCCGCUCAAUCAGGCUGCCAAGAAAAUUGUUGUUAUGGAAAACCGAAAAGAAGAAACUCCGGAGCAGCGGUACAAGAAUAUGGAAACGAAAAUCUACGCUUUAUUGGAGGAAUCGAUUAUCGCAAGCACUGGCUCCAAAGCGGACAUGGCAGCGGGACUGGCAAAGGCUAAGGAGGCAUCUUCUUUGGAUCGAACAUUGCUGCGGAUGAGAGAUCAAGAUGGCGGAUCAUACACGCAUAACUUUGAUUUGACUUUCUUCGUGUUGUUCAACCUGGCAAAUGUGUACGCUAAAAAUGAAAUGUACAUCGAAGCAUUGAAUACCUACACGUUGAUGACGAAAAAUAAGAUGUUUCCAAAUGUCAACCGAUUAAAGAUCAAUAUGGGAAACAUCUACUUUCAACUUGGACUGUACACGAAGGCUAUCAAAAUGUAUCGCAUGGCGCUAGAUCAGGUUCCCAGCAAUCAGAAGGAACUAAGAUUGAAGAUCACUCAUAACAUCGGAAUUCUUUUCAUUAAAAUGGGACAAUAUUCGGACGCAGCAACUAGUUUUGAAUUUAUCAUGUCCGAGAAAGGUGAUCUUAAAACAGGACUGCACUUGAUUCUUUGUUACUACGCCCUGGGAGAUGUGGAAAAGAUCAAGCACGCCUUUCAGAUGCUGCUUGAUAUUCAGAUUGAUUAUCUGGAAGACGAUAAGAUGUUUCAAGCGAACACGAAUCCUUCCUACGAGUACAUCAAUGAGAUGAUCAAAUCCGACGAGCUUCGAGCGUAUGAACAGAAAAUCCGACACCUGGCGGAGAAAAACAUUCUCAUCUCAGCAAAUCUCAUUUCCACGAUCAUCGAUGAUUAUUUCAACGAUGGUUACAGCUGGUGUGUUGAAACAAUUAAAAACUCUUACUUCGCACCAUUAGCAGUGGAUUUGGAGCUCAAAAAAGCCGUCAUCUAUUUGAAACAGGACGAUAUCCAACAGGCGAUUGAUACAUUGAAGUAUUUCGAGAAGAAAGAGUCGAACAUAGCAAUCAACGCAGCGAUAAAUCUAAGCUUCAUCUACAUUCUGAAAAAAGAUAUUGCUGCUGCUGAAACUUACACCGAAACGGCCAAAAAGAUUGACAGCUACUGCCCAGCUGCGUUCAUUAACAGUGGCGUUUGUCACAUGAUGAAGGACGAUCUGGAGACUGCAAAGCUUAUGUUCAUGAAUGCGCUCGACAUUGACUCGACAUCAUUCGAGGCUCUCUACAAUAUGGGUCUUAUCUUCAAGAAGCUGGGCGACCAUAACAACUCGCUGUUGUAUUUUCGUAAAAUUAUUUCAAACCUGGGUCACGAACAGCAUCCAGAAGUACAGUAUCAAAUAGCGAAUCUGUAUGACCUACUCGGAGACGUGGCAACCGCCCUGGAGUACUAUCUGCAACUGCUCAGUUUGGUUCAACAGGACAAUAAGAUCAUUCAGAAAAUUGGCGAACUGUACGAAACGGACGGCGAACGUCAGCAGGCCUAUCACUACCAUCACGAAUCCUACCGCAUCUAUCCCAUUGAGUUCAGUGUUGUCAACUGGCUUUGCUCGCACUACAUCGAACUUCAGGUAGCGGAGAAAGCGAUCGGAUUCUACGAAAAGGCUGUCCUUAAGAAUCCGCAGGAUCCAUACUAUCUUCUGAGGAUUGCAGGAUGCUACCGUCGGAUUGGGAAUCAGCAGAAAUCUCUGAAUUUAUUCAAACUUAUUCAUGACAUCUACCCAGAGAAUACGGACUGUCUACGAGCUUUGGUACAUUUGAGUCAAUCGCAAGGUAACAGUGAUCUCGUUGAGAAAUACAGCAGUGAACUUCAAAAAUUAGAGAAACAAAAGGAGAUUAGACAACGGAUUGGAACAAGUCGGCCUCCAACUACUGGAGGUUCGAGGAUCUCCAGUGGUGGACAUAGUACAAAGUCUGCUGGAGGAAUGGACAGCCACCAAGCACCGGGAACUGCUUCCGGUUCAGGUUUCGGUGGUAACAAAAGUGCUGAGGUGUCGCCAGAUUACAAUGCAUUUACAAACGCAUACGGUUACUCAGAUCCUCUGGGACCACCGCAGGAACGCCCGAGAACCGGAAUACGUAGGAAUCUCACCAUUGAAGAUGAUUCUGAUGAUGAUAUUAAUCCUUAUGACUUGCUCCCAGUUUAACGCAAUUGAUUAUAGUUCCGUGUAAAAUGAGUUUUGUUAUGAUGCUUAA